CCAUUGGGAAUUGAUACUAAAUAAAAUCCAAUUAAAAGAGAAAAAUUGACCCUAAAAUAUGGGGGGGAUAAUGGAAAGCCAUAAACCAUUAAGCCACGACGCGUUAACUCUCUGGUUCCAAGAAACUUGGAUCAUGUUUCCGAUUUAUUUUUAGAGUUUUUCUAUUUAGGGUUUUUUUAAGCAAUAGUGAGGAACUCUGUGUUGGGUUAUUUGGGUCUGAAAUGGAUGAUGAAAUUGAGAAACUUAUUAGAAGGAUGAACCCCCCAAGGGUUGUAAUUGACAACAAUGCCUGUGAAAGCGCCACUGUAAUUCAGGUGGACAGUGUUAAUAAGCAUGGGAUUCUACUUCAAGUAAUUCAAGUUCUAACUGAUCUCGACCUCAUUAUUACCAAAGCUUACAUAUCCUCUGAUGGGGGUUGGUUUAUGGAUGUAUUCAAGGUCACUGAUCAGAAUGGAGAGAAACUCAGAGAUGAAAACACUCUUAGUUAUAUUCAAAAGUCCCUCGAAUCAGAUGCAUGUUUCUCACCCUCCUUUAGAAGAUCCAAGGGAGUCCAGCUCUCAAAAGAGCACACUUCGAUUGAAUUGACAGGGACCAAUCGCCCUGGCUUACUCUCUGAAGUGUGUGCAGUCCUUACCAACCUGAAUUGUAAUGUUGUGAAUGCUGAGAUUUGGACCCAUAAUUCAAGAGCAGCAGCAGUUGUUCAAGUCACUGAUGUUGAUACAGGGGCCGCCAUUGAUGACCCAAAAAGGCUUUCUCUUAUAAGGGAGCUUUUGUGCAAUGUGUUGAAAGGGAACAGCACUCAUAGAGCUGCAAAAACAGUGGUAUCCGUUGAGCUUACUCACACUGAGAGGAGGCUUCAUCAAAUGAUGUUUGCAGAUAGAGAUUACGAGAGGGUGGAAAGGGAUGGGUUAGAGAGAGAAGAGGAUAAGAGCCUCAGGCCUGAUGUGACAUUGUUAGAUUGUUUCGAGAGAGAUUAUUCAGUGGUUACGAUGCGUUCCAAGGAUAGGCCAAAGCUUUUGUUUGACACUGUUUGCACUCUAACAGACAUGCAAUAUGUGGUUUAUCAUGGGACUGUGCAAACAGGAAGAAGGGAAGCUUAUCAGGAAUACUACAUCAGGCAUGUGGAUGGCCUCCCUGUGAGCUCAGAAGCCGAGAAACAACGUGUGAUUCAAUGUCUUGAAGCAGCCAUUGAACGCAGAGCAUCAGAGGGACUAGAAUUGGAGUUAUGCACAGAAGACAGGGUUGGUCUCCUUUCCGACGUUACUCGAAUCUUUCGAGAAAAUAGCUUGACCAUCACUAGGGCUGAGAUCACUACCAAGAGUGGAAAAGCAAUCGAUACAUUUUAUCUCACUGAUGUUUCAGGAAACCCAGUUGAUCCCAAGACAAUAGAUGCCAUACGUCAAGAGAUUGGCCAAGCCAACCUGCAUGUGAAGAGAGACUCUCUUCUUCCCCCAAAAUCACCACCCCAUGAGACCAUAGCCAGCUAUCUCUUCAGCAAUAUCUUCAAGGCCAAGAAUUUUCACAAUUUCAGGUUGAUAAGAUCGUAUUCCUGAUCUUCUUGUGCAUAAUCAACAUACACACUCCGAAGAAAAAGGAAUAGUUACAGCAAAAAGAGAAAGUGAUCCGAUACUGUGUAUAUAGCUCAAGCUCAAGAAACAGGCAUUGUGCAUUUUUUAGAUGGGUCUAUAUUCAUAUUUAAUUACAUGUGAACGCAGAUAUUUCAGAAACCAAAUGUGAUCAGCAUAUAAUCUGUGUGAAUAGAUUGACAGCUCCGGGUCUGUAAAUUUUGUAUCUUUUGUAUUAGGUGUUUCAAAGGUACUGAAAUGUACAGAUUGACUUA